CUCUCACACCAUCACCGAUGGAGGCAAUCACGAUUUCACGGUCGUACCAUAAUACAUGAAUCGCUUCGUUCCAUACCAUACCCAUUGCAACCGCCACCUCCAGCGUACUCUAGAAUCGUUUCAUAUCCUCUGUAGCUGCCGACACAAUAUAACUCGACCUAACCACGACCAAUCAGACCACCACCGUCCGAGUCGUCAUAUCAACAAUUAAUCAUGGCUGUCACCUCACCUACGGAGCUCCCCACCCCUCAAACUCUACAAGAGAUAGCGAAAGUCGAAGUCUGGGACGAGGACGGGAAUAAGGUUCCUUUUGGGAGUAUAUAUGGGGAGGAGAAGGCUGUCGUUGUGUUCAUUCGUCAUUUCUUUUGUGGGCUCUGUCAGCAAUACACAUCGCAACUCGCAGCCGUAAAGUCUGAGGCGCUCCAAGCCGCGAAUACGAAGAUCGUAGUCGUGGGUUGUGGCGAGUGGAAGCUCAUGAAGGAUUAUAAGGAAAAUACAGGCUUCAAAGGCUCGAUAUACGCAGACCCCGACCGGGCUCUCUAUCGCGCUCUCGACAUGAAAGAGAAUAUGAAAGGGACGCCUGCGGGUGAGAAGAAGAGAGGAUAUCUCCAGGACAGUAUCGUGCAGAAUGUCGUCGGGGCAUUCAAGCGCGGAUUCAAGCAUCCCCUCAACAUCGGUAAACAAGGCAACGUGUCGCAGAACGGCGGAGAGUUCGUGUUCGGACCGGGGGAUACGUGCUCGUUCGCGUCGAGGAUGCAACACACUGAGGAUCACGUCGAAAUCGCGGACCUGAUGAAGGAAGCUGGUGUCGUCUUCCCUUGA